ACAAGUUCCGCGCUGGCCAAGGUCAGAACUUCAGGACACAGACUCUGUGCGACUAUUCGCACCCCGAACCAGACAGAGUCGAGGGCCACACACGUUCCGGACCCACUGCGCUUAGCGAACCAUGACCAUAGCCCCCGGAUCUCCUAGGAAUGCUUGCUAGUCAUGGGCAGCUUCCUUUCCAUCAUACUCGCGUACGUCCUCGGCGGUCUCACGUUCCUUCCGCUCCUUGUCCUUCUCACAUUCUGCCAUGCGUACUAUAUGCUACCGGUAGUGGACCCGGAGGUGGAGCAAAAGGAGAGUCGGAACAACACUCUGGCAGAGCCUGGUGACAAUCAGCCCGACCUGUCCAACUUACCAGUCGAGCUUCAGAAGCCGGACAGAGAAAAGGACGCGGCGGCGGGCUACUUCGCGAUUUCGCGAGAAUUCGUGCCUGGCGGAGUCAAUGGCAAACCACCUGAACGGCUAACGCCUGCUGGCGAGGUCGUAGCGGUGGAAAGCCCCAGUGUCUACCAAAGCAUGUACCGCAGCAUCUUCGAGCGGGGCAAACCUCAAGGACCAAGUUUCGAUGCCACACCGGGCAUAUCUAAAGCGACGAAGAAGUCACGUAACGUCUUUUACGUCGUGCUGAGGCUUGGGCAUCUCAUGCUUUACGACAAUGCGGAUCAGAUCGAAGUGCGAUACGUUAUCUCACUUGGGCUCUACGACGUGGAUGUGUAUGGGGGUGGCGAAGAAAUACUGGAAGGGGAGCUUUGGGUACGAAGGAAUUGUAUACGUCUACGCAAGAGGGAGACAGACUACACGUUACGAGACUCGAAGCCGUACUACUUCUUUUCAGAUAACUGUUCUGAGAAGGAGGAUUUCUACCAUGCUCUGAUACAGAACCAACACCGCUCAUCAACGAACCCGAAGCCACCUAUUCUGCCGCUACGUUUCGAAUCUGAACAUAUGGUCAAGCUCGUCCAGCAACUCCACGGCUCAGAAGAGCUCAUGCAGACGCGAUGGUUCAACGCAUUGCUCGGGCGUCUAUUCCUCUCCCUGUACAAGACCAGCGAGAUGCAUUCACUGAUCCACUCAAAGAUCACAAAGAAGCUGACGCGUAUACAAAAACCCUCGUUCAUCGAGCAGGUUAAAGUGGGAAAGAUUGACAUGGGCACAUCUGCACCUCUCUUUACAAAUCCGAAGCUCAGAGAGUUGACUUUGGAUGGCGAGCUGAUUGUCGAGAUGGAUGUGAGGUACUCUGGUGGAUUCAGACUGGAGAUAGCGACAUCGGUGUUGAUUGACUUGGGCAAGCGGUUCAAUGUGCGAAGAAUAGAUAUUCUUCUCGCUGGCAUCUGCAAGAGCCUUGAAGGACACCUGCUAAUCAAAGUUAAGCCGCCGCCUUGCAACCGUAUCUGGAUAUCGUUCGAGACGAUGCCUAAGGUCGACAUGUCAAUUGAGCCGAUUGUGAGUUCGAGGCAAAUCACGUACGGUCUCAUCUUGCGCACGAUAGAAAGCAAGAUAAGAGAAGUCAUAGGCGAGACGCUUGUCCUUCCAAACUGGGACGAUAUCCCCUUCAGUCGCACGGAGGGACAAGCCGUGCGUGGUGGAUUGUGGGAACACCAUGGUUCUAAUUAUAGGCCUCCAGACGACGCAACUGCGCCAUCGGAAGAUCAACUUGAGGAGAAGGAGGCAAAAUUAGAGCCUAGCGAUGUGCCCAAAUCCCAGAGCACUCCAUCCUUGAUACGACGACGUCCUGUGGGCACGACAUCAGACAAGAAUAACCCUACCAGAGGCGCAGCGGACAGCGCGGAAACAUCCGGACGUGCAAGUCCGGCCUCCAAAAGCAAGCCAAAGACUAUUCGAUCGAGCUCUUUCGCGAGCACUUCCCCACCUGUAGUCAGUAUGAGCCCCACACAUGCCAGCGCUUUCCGCAACGAAACUCCAAAUAGCCUUGGAGAUGCUGCCUCGACCAUGAAAAGCCUCUCGAGUAGGUCUUCGUCCACUUCAUCCACGCCACCAGCCGAGCCUCAGGCACUUGACAUCUCCGCCGAGGUUGACGAGGCAUAUGAGGCGAAGGAAGGAGAAGAGCACGACAUGUUCGACAUGGAAAUGCCCGUGGACGAAACGCCGCGACCUAGUAACGAGGCGCAGAGGUCGCUCCGUGAGGGCAAAAAGUCGUCGAUCAGUGUCGAGGGCUUUGGCAGCUCACAUCUCGAGGAGAACGAGAAGAAACGUAGGAAUCUUGUUUCCGGAGCCCAAGUCGCAACAGCAGCCGCCCGCAAGUGGGGACUCGACCUUGUGGCUAAGCGGGCUUCUGUUCCAGGCUCAAGCGACUCAAUCGCAGAGCUGUCUGCGGCGGCGAGCGGACAAGGCCAGCCAAUUGGCCGUGGGCAGCCGUUACCGCCUCCCGGCCAGCCCCUUCCAGGCCCGCCGAACGCGUUCCGAAAGAGUUGGACGACGGCGUUGGGCAGCAUUGGCCGCAAGAAGGUGCCGUCGAACGUUUCUUCGCUAGCCGGUCUAACAGAAAAUGCGCGGGAGGCUGCCUUGAAAGCUGCAAAAGGAGCCGUCGAAACAACACCCCCGUUGCCUCCCAGACCCUCAACAGAGAAUGCUGCUUCGACGCCGUCGACGCCAUCGCUAGCACAUUCCCGGAAAGGAAGCAUCCAACAGUCGAGGCGGGCGAGCACAAGAUCGUCCCGAGCGUCGGUGGAAAGCGGGGUGUCUGACGAUGUGCUUGUUAUCAAAGCGCCAGAGACAGAGGACGAUGUGCGCAUUGCAGACGACGGUUCGGAGGAGAGAAACGCGCUGGGCAUCGUCGAAGAUGUACCCCGGGACGAGGAAGCAGACGAGACACCAAAGAAGGCGAUGCGUGAAGCGGCCGCCGCGGACGUUGAAGGGGAAGAUGGUCACGAGGACAAUGACGAAGAGGAGGAGAAUGCCAUGGCAGGGUCUGAAGCAACGUUACCAGCGCGGACGGACGAGGCUUCGAUGAGCGGAGAGAACAUAAAGGAGACGUCAGAGACGAAGAAGAUUGACAAAGAAAGCCUCGAGCUGCUCGAGUCACUUGUACAUUAGCAUAAACGGAUGGAACGGCAUGCGAUUACACGAUAUGCACACGCACACACACACAUACACACAAUUUCCUCUGCUAGUUCGAAUCAUGAUGCGAGACAAAGGUCAAAGGAAAU